AUGGCUAGUCCUCCUGUUCUAGCUUUCGACGCCGAGGGCCGUCCGGUCAAAUUCGAAACCUGGCUAGAUGACCUGCACCUUUUCCUACAGCUCACUGCCAAGGAAGAUAUUACACUGUACGACCACGCUCUCGGCCAUGCGACCGCCCCACCCGCUACUGCCCCCCCAGCUGAGCGCUCACAGUGGCAGACCCGUGACGCGCACGCUCGCUUUGCUAUUCGCAACUCCCUGCCGCUAGAUGAGCGCGAGCACUUCGGCCAGUGCAAGACUGCUAAGGACCUCUACACAGCUGUAGUGGCCCGCUACUCCUCACCCGCUUCUGCCACUCUAGGCCGCCUCACUCUCCCCUACCUGUUCCCCGACCUAGCCUCCUUUCACACUGUCGCAGACCUCAUCACCCACCUUAAGACUAGUGAGGCUCGCUUUCGCGCUGCCAUGCCUGACGAGGACCAGUUCCUCUCUCGCUCCCCCACUGAGCUCACCGUAGACCUCCUCGAGAAGGAACUGCUUGCAGCCGAGGCUAGUAUCGUCGCUGUAGGCACCUCUCGUGGCGACCCCCGCGGCCCCUUCUUUGAGGGGUGCUCCCCUUCCCCCCUCCUCCCCUCUGUCGCCUCUGCUGCUGCUGUCGACCUCCUUGGUGCUGAGAAGGUCGGGGCUGCGUCUGCUUCAGGCGGACGACGCAGGGGCAGGAGUGGCAGGAGUGGGGGUGGUGGCGGAGGAGGCGGAGGUGGAGGUGGUGGCGGUGGAGGUGCGACUGGAGAGGCUAGUGGCGGCAGUGGUGGAGGUGACAGCGGCGUUGGGAGUGGUGACAGGGGCGGAGGUGGCAGCGGAGGCGGAGGUGGUCGUGGCAGCGGCAGGGGUGGAGGUGGCCGGGGCGGAGGCGGAGGGGGUGGUGGUCGUGGAGGCCCGGGGGGCGGUCAGAGUCAGCAGCCUGCCCCGACCCUUCAGGCCGCUCGUGAGUGGUAUGCGCGGCGCAGCGUCACCUGCCAGUAUGUUAUUCGUACAGGUGACCGCACUGGCCAGACGUGUGGGGGGCCGCACCAGACGGAGCGCUGCUUCGCCCGCCUCAACGAUGCGUGGCGCACCCAGUUUCCUGGUGGGGGUGAGCUGCCGCGCUGGGCUGAGCUGCUCAGGAAGGGUGUUGAUAUUUGGGCACUAGACUUUGAUGCUAUUCUCACUGCCAUGUAUGCGAUGUCUAUUAGUGGAGAGGGUGCUCAGUACUUGCGUGUUCCGCCCGACCCGGGCAUUCAGGCCAGCCCCACUGCUGCUCUAGGUGCUAGUGUGUCUGCUUCCACAGGUACUACUGCAGCUGCUGCUCUAGGUGCUUGUGCGUCUGUGCCCCCUGGUACUGAGUCGACUGCAGCACUGCACACCUUCACACUGGACUCAGGUGCUUCUCGCUCUUUCUUUCGUGACCGCACUGUCCUUGAGCCUCUAGCUCGGCCGGUUGCUGUCUCUCUUGCUGACCCCUCUGGGGGUCCGGUCCUUGCGACCUCCUCCACCACCCUUCCGUGUCCAGCGGUUCCGUCCGGCACGCUCUCAGGUCUCUACCUCCCCUCGUUCUCCACGAACUUGGUGGCAGGUAGUGCGCUCCAGGACGGGGGUGUUCACCAGUUCACCCCUGCCUACGAGCGUGUGACUCACUGCACGUGUGCUCGGACGGGUCGCCACCUGGCUACCUUCACUCGGGAGCCGGGGUCGGACCUUUACACACUGACCACUGAGUCCCCUCAGGUAGCUGCGUCUGCGUCAGCGUCAGGUCAGCUGUCCGCCCCCUGCUCGUGUCGCUCUCUGGCGAACGACACCGUCCUCUGGCACCACCGCCUUGGUCACCCGUCUGUGCAGCGCCUGCGGGCCAUGCACAAACGGGACCUUGUUGCUGGUCUUCCCAGGGUGCUCCCUCCCCUUCCUGACUCCCCUGCUCCUGACUGCAUUCCCUGUGUCGAGGGGCGGCAGCGCGCCGCUCCUCACUCCUCCUCCUUUCCCCCGACGACAGCUCCCCUGCAGACGCUCCACAUGGACGUGUGGGGCCCAGCCCGCGUCCGUGGGUGA